CUAUACUCCAUUCAUUGGGGAUUGGGAGGGAGUUCAAUUUGCUUUCGUUGCUCCGUACGUACCCGUUGCGUACGACAAUCUUUCUUUGUCUCCUCGUGGAAAUCAAGUUUGCAAACCGAGGGUCUUCACAGAAACAACCUCUCCAUUCCUUGCGGUAGAAGAAAGAUCUACAUACAUUCUACCCCAUAGAGGCUACUUCCAAGUGGGAUAUAAAAUUGGUUCAUUUGGUUUGGUUUGGUUAGGUUAAUGAAUAAUUAGUUCUCCUUUCAUAUGUCUUUGUCUUUAUCCGUCUUAAAAAACAAAUUACCAUCUUUUUCCUGCAUUGAAUCUUUUUAGAAUACAUGCAUACAGAUAUAUGUUUGUGUGUGUAUCAUAUUUGGCUAGUUUCCUUUGCUGCUUAAUUCUUCAUUGUUUUUGGUAACCAAUUGUUUUUUCUAGUUCAAGUCGUGAUUUUCUUGUCUUGUGAGCUUUCAACUAUUGUCUUUUAAUCAAAUUUAAGGUAACUUUAAAGAAAAAGAAAGCUAGAUUUGAUCAUCUAGGGUUCCGGGAGGUGCACAUUAAUCAUCACAAUAUUGACAAUGAGUAGUAAAUAUGGAAAAUCUGGCACUGCGAAUUGGAUAUGUGGAACCCCCAAAUUUAUCUCCAAAAGAGUCCUUAAGGAGAGAAGGGAGGUUCCAACAUAUAUGGAGGAGACAUGGUCCAAGUCUAGCCUAUGUGGGACUCUUAACACGCCCCCUCCAAUGGAGGCUAGGCAGGCAUAGAUUGGCCCAGAGUGUUGAGAGGGGGCUAGGCGAGUACAGAUUCUACCUGGGGUACAAUCCCUAAAGUGGUAGACCUUGGCUCUGAUACCAUGUGGGAAUAUAUGGAACCCUCAGAUUAACCUCCAAAAGAGCCCUGAAGGAGAGAAGGGACGUUGCAACAUAUGUGGAGGACAAAUGGUCCAAGUCUAGCCGAUUUGGGAUUAUAACAGGGUAUAUAGCUGAAAAAAUGGAUCUUCAAAAAAUUGUAUGCAUUCUCUGUUUUAGCUAAACACAUUGCUUUGUUUUCUUGACUUCUAUCAUAACCGACCAGCUUCUCUUUUCCUCAAUAUAAGCGACUGAUUAUUGAUUGACUUACGAUUUGAAGUACAUUGCUGUAGAAAAAUGGUAAUAAUUGGGGCUUAAGAGCUUUUAUCUGUGUGUGUUGACUUGGCUCCAAGGGACUCCUUAUCAAUCAUUUGGAAGAAGUGUAGCUGAUUUUAUGAAUGGGAAAAAAUGGACAUACACCGCCUUAUGUGUUCAACGAUCUGGUGAAAAGCAGCUGAAUAAUAUGGGUGCUUCGGGAACAAUGUCGUCGUCUAUUCCAGUUAUUCCUGCUCUGGAAGGGAAGUAUCAAAAAUUGGCAGAUUCAUUUCCUGUUAUCUCAGAAAAGGAGCUAUCAAAUACUCUACUCCCUGAUCGAAAUCAAAUGGUUUCUGAUUCUGGGUUGCAAAAUUCUCCUUUAGUUUCUAGGCCUUCAAGUGAUAUCGUGCCAAUCCAAGUGAACCAAACGUCUCAUUUUGUAAAUGCACAAUCAGCAUCGUUAGUUGGUUACACCGGUCAAAACAAUGCUAUGUCGUGGAGUGCAGAAUCACUUCAGGAUAUCUUGGAUUUCCCUGAAAAUGUCACUGGCGGGAAUUCUCAGAUCGAGACUCAUAAUUCUUUGAUGCCAUCUGGCGAUAAUGGUAGGGGAACUGACUGGCAGAAAUGGGCGGAUCAAUUAAUGAGUGUUGAAGACAACAUGGACUCAAAUUGGAGCGAAAUCCUGGCUGAUGUUGAUGUGCCAACCCUGGAACCAAAGCAAAUACAAACUGUUUCUCGCCCUCCUGUGCCAACAACUAUAGAAGCAUAUCCUGUCAGUAGCCCAUCAUCUACCGGAGCCUCAAUCAAACCUCGCAUGCGUUGGACACCAGAACUCCAUGAAUCCUUUGUUGAAGCCGUCAACCAGCUCGGUGGUAGUGAACGAGCCACACCAAAAGGUGUUCUGAAGCUCAUGAAUGUUGAAGGCUUGACCAUCUAUCAUGUGAAAAGCCAUCUGCAGAAAUAUAGAACAGCCAGGUACAAGCCGGAGUUGUCUGAAGGAACGUCAGAGAAGAAGACGUCUUCUAUUGAUGAGAUGGUCUCUAUGGAUAUUAAGAACAAGAGUUUGGGGUUCACUGAUGCAUUAAAACUGCAAAUGGAAGUUCAAAAGCAACUUCAUGAACAACUCGAGAUCCAAAGAAACUUACAAUUACGAAUAGAAGAACAGGGAAAGUACCUUCAAAUGAUGUUCGAGCAACAAAGGAAGAUGGAAAACGAAAGGCAAAAACCGUCCUCUUCUAGUCUAGAUGACAACCCAACCGAAAAACCGAAGGCUUCAGAACGUGAUGAUCAAUGCAUAUCAGAUAAGGAUCCCAAAAACUCGACUGAAAAGAGCAGCCAGAAGUCAACCUCCCAAAUAGAAGUACAAGAUGUUAACAAAACUAAUAUCGAUAGCCGAUGUAGUCCGCGCCCUAACAAACGUGCCAGACCCGAUGAGGCGACAAUGUCUUGAUUUGUAUCGCGUAAUUUUGGAUCUUGAUUUCUCUUCUUGCUGUUAAAGAUUUUAGGCUUCUGCACUUGGAGAUUGAUUCUGGAACUU